GAAGCCCACUUUGACAAAACAAAGCAUACGCCUCUCUCUCUUCCCUCUAUUUUCUUACCCUCUCUCUCUCUAGCUUUCUAGAAAUUCUGUUUUACACUACAUGUGUUUAUGAUGGUGGUCGAAGAAGAAAGAAGUAUGGAGGAAGGGCUUCUCAAGCUGAAGAACCAAAACGACACUUCACACUGUCGUAUUACUGCCUGUGUUAUCCUCAGCACUUUUGUCGCCGUAUGCGGCUCCUUUUCCUUUGGUGUUGCGGUUGGUUAUACUUCAGGUGCUGAGAUAGGAAUUAUGCAAGACAUGGGCCUUUCUAUUGCAGAAUUUUCAGCAUUUGGCUCAUUCUCCACGUUGGGAGCUGCUGUCGGUGCGCUGUUCAGCGGUAAAAUGGCGAUCAUGCUAGGAAGAAGAGGAACAAUGUGGGUGUCCAAUAUCCUCUGCAUCACUGGUUGGCUAUCCAUCGCUUUCGCUAAGGAUGUGUUGUGGCUGGACUUUGGAAGAAUAUCAUCAGGGAUAGGAAUCGGCUUGAUUAGCUAUGUGGUACCUGUCUACAUAGCCGAAAUUACGCCAAAACAUGUUCGCGGUACAUUUACCUUUUCAAAUCAGCUUCUUCAAAACGCUGGAGUCUCCAUGGUUUAUUUCUGCGGGAAUUUCUUGGACUGGAGGAUGAUGGCUUUACUAGGUGCUUUACCAUGCGGCAUUCAAGCAAUCGGUUUAUUCUUUGUACCAGAAUCCCCAAGAUGGCUGGCAAAAGUUGGUACGGAAAAAGGACUAGAAAAUUCACUGCUUCGGCUUAGAGGGAGAGAUGCUGAUAUUUCACAUGAAGCUUCAGAGAUUCAACUUAUGACCAGAAUGGUAGAAAGUGAUUCAAAGUCAAGCUUUUCUGAUUUGUUCCAGAGAAAGUAUAGACAUACUCUCGUGGUAGGAAUCGGGCUAAUGUUAAUUCAACAGUUCUCAGGAAGUGCUGCUGUAAUCUCUUAUGCAAGUACCAUUUUUAGAAAAGCUGGGUUUUCGGUUGCCAUUGGAUCUACGAUGUUAGGCCUAUUCAUGAUACCAAAAGCCAUGAUUGGUCUAAUUCUUGUAGAUAAAUGGGGCAGACGGCCGCUCUUGUUGACUUCUGCGUGUGGGAUGAGCAUAACUUGCAUGCUUCUUGGACUCGCUUUCGCAUUACAGAAAAUGCAAUUACUUCCAGAACUAACUCCAGUAUUCACGUUUAUAUGCGUUACGCUGUAUAUUGCAACUUAUGCAAUAGGCGUGGGAGGUCUCCCUUGGGUAAUUAUGUCAGAGAUAUUUCCAAUAAAUAUAAAGGUAACAGCAGGGAGUUUAGUUACGUUAGCCUCAUGGUCAAGUAGUUCCAUCGUCACUUACGCUUUCAACUUUCUAUUCGAAUGGAGCACUCAAGGAACAUUUUACAUAUUCGGGGCUAUCGGAGGAGGAGCGUUGCUCUUUAUUUGGCUGCUCGUUCCGGAAACGAAAGGAUUAUCACUUGAAGAAAUACAAAUUUCGCUUACAGGUCAGCCCGAUGAGAUAAGCCAUAUGUAGAUUGAAAUGUUUAUAUUUUUAUUUAAAUUCAGUUUAUGAUGCUAUGCUCAUCGACAAAGAGAAUUUUACCCUUUUUCAUUCUGUGAUUAGUAUUUUAGUUUUUCUAAUACUUAAUUAGCCAUUUUAUGUAUUUUUCCGUGAUUGUAAUUAAACACGGCCUAUGUUCAUUGUAUAUUUGUAUUCUAUUUGUAAGAUAUUAAACAAAAUGUAUCAUUCUACAUCAUUUACA